CCAACAUUACGCAAAAACAAAUAUUAUGUUUAAAAACGUAUAUAAAAUAUAAUGAUUUCUAAGAAGGAUAAUUUAUUGGUUAGACCGUGGCAACAACGUAAAUUUGCGUAUCAUCGUCAAAAGGUACAAUCAGCGCUUCCUGCAAUUGAUACGGGGCCGCCACCAUUUCGCGCUCAUGUUUGUAUCAAAUUAAAAAAACAGCAAAAAGAAAUAGAACGAUCCCGUAGGAUUGAACAGGAUAAUUACUUUUUAAUGCAACGUUUAAAUUAUGUUACUAGAACCAGUCGAGUGGAUAAUAUAUGGAAAAGGCCACAGCCAAAUUUUUUAAGUAGAGUAGCGAUGUAUAAGACUGUUUUACCUGACUUUGACGAUCUACUAGCUUUGGAUUUAGUAGAUGUCGAUGAAGAAUGUAAGGAAAAAACGAGAAAAGCUAAUUGUUACGCUUGUUCUCCGCAAAAAAAUAAAAUCCAAACACCUAAGAUACCCGAAGAGAGAGUACCGUGGGAACCAGAUAAAAAACCAGUGGAUAAGAUUCGUAGUAAAUCUGUACCUUUGAGAAAAUCUCAAUCGCUUUUACCAUCGAUUAAGGAACAAAUAUCGGCUAGUAAACCUUCAUCAAGUACAUCGUCGACGAGAAUAAAAUUGGAUAAAUCUACAAAGGGUACAAAAAGAAGCUCGGAAAAAAUAUUUGGUGCACAAGCACCGAAUAAUAUUAUAUUUAGCAGGGGGUGUCUUGAAUUAUCAGUUAAUUUUCCGUCUGAUACAACUGUCAAGUUUCAAGCAGGAAAUAUUGAAAAAUUUUUAAUUCGGGGUGUUUGUCAUUGUAAAAAUUCACCUUCUGCACGUGUGUUAUAAUAAAUUUAUUUGUAUUGAAUCAUUUUUUCACUUAAUAAAUAAAUACGGAUAAAUGACCA